UUAGUACUACUUCAUACAUAAUCAUCAUAAUCUUAUAAGUUUUUUUUUGUUCUGGUUUAUAUAUUCAGUAAUUUUGUAAUCACCAUUAUGGUUUAUAAAUUCCUGAAUCAUGAGGUCAUAUGGGAUAUAGAAAUUAGGCAAACGAUAGUUUAAUAUUUUACAUCGUUGACAAAGAAAAUGGCAGUCACGUAAUAAGCAGCAUUGCCUCCAUUUUCAUACAAGACAUGUAAACUCCUCAAUUAGUUGCACUCACGUCUAAUACAAUUUGUCAAUGCUACCACAAAUGUCGGUUUAACAAAUGUAAUAUAAUUAAAAAAACACCUAUGUUUCUAUAUAUACGUAUAUUUCUCUACCUUGAAUCACAAGAAACAUAGGACUAAAAACAUUUUCCAAGAAACAAGAAAACAUGGACCCACGAGUCUUGCCCUUCUCCGUUCUCGCCAUCCUCAUCGCAGCCACGACUUUAGCCAACGGCUACUCCCCUCCUCCUCCUCCUACUCCUCCAACCACCGCAUACCCCGCCGCGAAAACGGUAGAAGCUGCAGUGGAAGGAAUGGUGUACUGCCAAUCCUGCGACAAGUACGGAUCAUGGUCCUUGGCCGGAGCAGAAGCCAUAGCCGGAGCCAAGAUCAGCGUCAUCUGCAAGAACCACAGGCAGCAAGUGAGCUUCUACAAAGUCUUCCAAACCGACUCCUACGGUCACUUCUACGGCGAGCUCAAAGGCCUUAAAAUGAGUCAGCAUUUCUUGGACCAUCCUCUCCACGCUUGCCGUGCCAAGCUCGUCUCCUCUCCACGCGAGGAUUGCAAUCUCUUCUCCAACAUUAACAAUGCUUUGGACGGUGCUUCGCUCCGGUAUGAGGAGAAGAGGGUAAAGUGGAAGAACUAUGAGGCUGUGGUUUACGCCGCUGGUCCGUUGGCUUUCCGUCCUGACCAUUGUCCCGAGAGUACUGCACCAGCACCUACUUACUGAUGAUUCGUGUUUUGGUGUUGAGAGAUUGAUGAUAUAUACUAAUUUUAUAUAAUGUUUUUG